AGUGGCGUGUCUUUUGUGAGUGAAUGUGCUCCGGUACACCCACCAGCAGCUCUGCCUCACAUCAGCUGUCGGAGGAUGUUGCCUCGGAGGCAGAUAUGAUGUAAUCCAACGCUUCUCAGCCCCGUCCAGUCCGGAGAGGGAGCCAGAAACAGAGCCAGAGCCAGGGCUGGAGAACUAAUCCGCCACACGGAAGGUCCGCGGCCGCCUCGGUACUUUCUGAAAUACGCUUGGAAAAAGAAAAAAAAAGAUACUCGUCGAGCUAAGGUUUGGGCAAACGAUUCGGUGUCGGUGGAGGAGUCAUGUCGCGGAGGUUUGUGCCGACCAGCCUCCCCUCCCGACGACGAAGAGGAUGCUGGAUGCGGGCCAGCAGUAGCAGCAGCGCCGGCCGGGGAUGCUGCUGCUGGUGAGCCGGACUCCCCUGUCAGCUGUAAUUAACCACCACGGCUCAGGAGUCCUCUCCCACCGCAGCUGAACCAACAUCCUCUGCGUGAAAAUGGCCUCGACGUCGGCCCGCCCUAGCUGUCCCCUUUUCGCCCAUGAUGACAGGAGGACGCCCGCUUCAGAUUCAAACACUUGUGGGCCCCUUUGUGUCCCCCAUGGAUCACAUUAUCGCCUCUGAGCCGUUAGUUUGAGCUGCUGCGGUUGCUUUUAUUUCGCGAAUACGCCUCCUGCCUGCACCGGUUCUCCCUGUCAAGCAGAUAUUUUUGGAGCCGGGUUAUGGGCCGCGUCCAGUGCUGCACCCCGCUUCCCCCCCGCAGGGGUCUGAGCUUCAUGCUUUCCUGACCUUACUUCCGAUAAUGGGCUCUGUGACUCCUCGCUAAAAGCUUCAGUUGUCCGCUUGCUUUUUUUGGACAUUUUCAUUCCUGGCUUUACGCGCAGAGCUGUGUCCCAUGCAGUAGUUGUUGCCCUCCGGACGGGGAAGUGAACAGCCUUCUUCACCCCCCCCCCCCCCCCCCCCCAGCUGAAGCCUGCCCGCUGCCGCUGCUGCUGUCCACCGUGUGGCCCUGUGACUUCAGCGGGGUGUGGAGGUGCCGACGACCUUAAAACGUGGAGGGUGGGGACGUUUGCCUUUCCAGCUCAGGUUUAAACCAUGGCCAAUGAACCUGUCAUCCUUAACGUGUAUGAUAUGUACUGGAUAAACGAAUACACUUCCAAUCUGGGUAUUGGAGUCUUCCACUCAGGCAUUGAGAUUUAUGGCCGAGAAUUUGCAUACGGGGGCCAUCCGUACCCUUUCAGUGGCAUCUUUGAAAUCAACCCCGGCAAUGCUGCUGAACUGGGAGAGACAUUCAAAUUCAAGGAGGCCAUUGUUUUGGGCACCACAGACUUCACAGAGGAGGACAUGGAUAAAAUCAUGGAGGAGCUCGGUAAAGAGUUCAGAGGGAACGCCUACCAUCUGAUGCACAAAAACUGCAACCACUUCUCCUCCUCGCUGUCUGAGCUGCUGUGUGGACGGGAAAUCCCUCGCUGGGUGAACAGACUGGCGUACUUCAGCUCCUGCAUCCCCUUCCUGCAGAGCUGCCUACCCAAGGAGUGGCUGACGCCGGCCGCCCUGCAGAGCCACAUCAGCCUCGGCCUCCACAAGGAGGAGCAGAACGAGUCCAGCGACGAGGAUCCUUCGUCCCCAUCCGGCGCUGCUGCCACCGGCUCGGGCUCCUCCCACAGCUGUCGCCACACGAGGGUGUGAACUGCCCCCACACACACACUGACCUCUGGACCUUCCUGCCACCGCUGCUAGUGGCUCAAGUGGCAUUAGUAGGCUUGAACAACCACCUGACCUCAUACUGUUUGUCCUCUGAAUAAAGAGGCAGGAAAAGAAGAGUCUCCUCUUCAUGAAGAGAGCUGCAGCCAGAGACUUCAGACCUACAGCACAGAGACCCUGCCUGUCCUUUCUACACCUGACAGGAUGACAGAGGCAGACUUUAACCCGAACCCUGAGCACUGAAGCGUGGCUCAGACUUCGACAACAACCACUUGUAGAUCUGAAGUUUGUAGUACGUUAUUAUCAGUCUUUUCCAUGGACUUUUAAACCUUUGUCAGCCUUGUUCCCUGCCCUGCCUUCAGAGCUGCUUUUGUAGAAUAACUAGUUAUAGACACCUGAGACUCCUGACAUUACCAGGAAACUGCUAAUCUGCUCAGUUUCAGCAAGUUCUCGUUCAAUAACCUCUAUGUGGCCUUCAGUUGAUAUUGUUGACUCUGCUUUCUUUGUGUGGAGCUUUGGUAGUUUACUUUGGCCAUUUUAGUAGGUUAGUGGGUUAAAGAGGAUUUGACUGCUUGAGAUCGAAUGUUGCAUGUUGAAAGAAUUUGAUAAAACAUCAAACUAAACUGGGACACCACACUUCUGAUCUUAUCAUCAAAAACUUAUUUUCCUUUUCCUUUUGUAAAAGAAACAAUGUAAACUGGGAUUUGUCUCAAACGGUGAACCAGCCGCCAGCGUAACAAGUGCACCGACAGUUGUAAACAAUCAAGGGCAAAUACUGUUCAGUUUAAAUAGCUGCUGUUCAUACAGCCUCGGGCAGCCCAGUCACUAUCUGUGGACCUCUCAGAGACACAAACACAAAGAAAGUCAAGCUGCUACACUGACUAUUAUUGACUUUGUGACCCAGUACACUUUUUGUCUACGCUUUUAUAUCCAAAUGGUAUUUAUAUUAUAAAGGUGCGAUAAGUUUCACCCAGAGAUUGUCCCUGGGUGAUACUGGUCUAAUCUUUUUUUCUUUCACCAUUAAACUGUUAAAGACUGAGCUGCCAUGAGUAAGAAAAGCAGACAAUUCAGUGUUCCCCUUUAAAUUACAGUAAUGCUUAAGGGAAUAGUUCAGCAUUUUUCAAAGUACGUUUAUUCAGUUUGUUGCAGAGAGUUAGAUGAGAAGAUCGAUGACAACCUCACAUCUGUACAGUAGAUAUUAAGCGAGCAGCCAGUUAGCUUAGCUUAGCAUAAAAACUGGAAACAGGGACAAACUGCAAAGCCUGGCUUUGUCCAAAGGUAAGAAAAUCUGCCUACCAGCACCUGUAAAGAUCAAAUCAAAUCAAUCUUCUCCUCUAACGAACAAGAAGGAUGCCAAGCUAUUUCUUUAAGACCAUAUUUUUAUGUUUGGUUUAUUUCAGCUGUGAACUGAACUGUGACAUGUUUACAGAUACAAAGCUUUUUUAUGAAAUUACUCAAAAUGGUCAGAGGUUUGGUUUGUUGAAGUGAGAAGAUCAGAUUAUCAUAAAGGGAAAAUAUAUGAUGUCAUGAAGUUAUUUGUAAUCAUUGUGGAUUAGUCAGUAAACAACCCCAUAAACGAGUAUUUCCCCCCGAUAUUGAUGAUAUUGGUGAUUAUAAUGAUCUAAUGAUGUUGACAAACAUCAGCUUCUUGUAGUUUUACUCAUUUCAACUCAUGUUGCUUGCUUUUCUUAAUGUAAACAUUCAGUAAACAAGGCCACAUGUGAUUUGAACCCCCCCUGUAGUGUGUUCAUGGACAGCUACCCUCUCUCAGGAAGGAAGUCACACGACUUGUAUUAGUGACAGUUAUCUCAUUCCUGCUGAACACCUUGAUAAAUGGGGCUUAAAGUGCAAAUUAAUCUUUUGACGUCUUCUUCGUGUUCUUAAAUAAGCUAUAUCCUUCUUUAUUUUUGGUGUAGUCCGACAUUUCACCGAGUGUAUUGUGUUCAGAUUCUUUGGUAUAUUUUGAGUCGACGGGGGCUGUACAGUGAUCAGUAUUCCAUGCUCAAAAGUCUUUGGCACUUUCUACAGAGCAGACCAGACAGGUAUUUUUUUCUAUUGUACUGUGUCAACCUUAACCUUGUAUUUCCUUUUCCUAACCCAAGAAAAUUUCAAGAAUGAUGAUAUAGCACUAGAAUAAAG